UCCAGGGAGCUGGCUCAGUCUUGGCCUGCCCCGCGGCGGUGAGGAAGUCGGCUGAGAGCGGUGCUUCCAGUUGCGACGCGACAAAGGAGAGGAAAGAGACGGCGCUAGUGUCGCUCACCAUGGCCUCCAAUGGGUUCGAGACGGAGCACGCGGCCAGUGCCGGCCGCGAUCCGCCCGAGGAGGAGGAAAUGCUAGCGGAGGAGCGCGACCUCGCAGAGGACGCCCAGUGGAAGCGCAUCCAGCAGAAUACCUUCACUCGCUGGGCCAAUGAGCACCUGAAGAAUGCCAGCAAGCACAUCUACUCGCUCGAAACGGAUCUGGAGGAUGGACUCAUUCUCAUCGCACUCAUCGAGGUGCUCAGUGGCAAGAAGAUGCCCAAGCACAGCAAGAGGCCCACCUUCCGUUCGCAGAAGCUGGAGAACGUGUCGGUGGCACUCAAAUUCCUCGAGAGAGACGAGAACAUCAAGAUCGUCAAUAUCGACGCUACCCACAUCGUGGACUGUCACCUGAAGCUGAUCCUGGGUCUGAUAUGGACACUGAUCCUGCACUACAGCAUCUCCAUGCCCAUGUGGGAAGGAGACGAGAACGUGCCCGGAGAGAAGGGCCCCACGCCCAAACAGAGGCUGAUGAACUGGAUCGGCUCCAAGAUGCCGGACCUGCCGGUGCGCAACUUCACCUCCGACUGGCGUGACGGCAAGGCCAUCGGAGCCUUGGUCGACGGCGUGGCGCCAGGCCUGUGUCCCGACUGGUCCGACUGGAGGCCAGAGGACGCCCUCAAGAACGCCACGGAGGCCAUGGGUCUGGCCGACGACUGGCUCAACGUGCCCCAGCUGAUCCAGCCGGAGGACAUGAUUGACCCGAACGUGGACGAGCUGUCCAUGAUGACGUACCUCUCGCAGUACCCCAACGCCAAGCUGAAGGCCGGCGCGCCGCUUCGCGCAAAGACAAACCCAAACAGUCAAUCUGCCAUCGGUGCCAGGGUUCGCUGCUACGGCCCGGGCGUGGAGCCCACGGGCCCGGUGGUCGGAGCACCCACCUUCUUCACCGUGGAGACGUUCUCGGCCGGUCAGGGCAAGGUCGAGUGCUUCCUGAUCCGACCCAACGGUCAGAAGGAGCCGAUCGAGGCUAAGUUCAACAACGACCGUAACCUGACGUACAGCUGCUCGUACACUCCGACCUCGGAGGGCCAGCACCGCGUAAUCGUCAAGUUCAUCGGCAAUGAGAUCCCCAAGUCGCCGUUCUCGGUUCAAGUGGAGGGGUACGCCGGAGACCCGAACAAGGUGACUGCCUCUGGGCCCGGCCUGGAGCCGGUCGGCGUCGUCGUCAGCAAGCCCACCUACUUCGACAUCUUCACACAUGACGCCGGCAAGGGCACACCGGAGGUCGUCAUCCUGGACCCCAAGGGCAAGCAGAACCCGGCCAUGCUGAAGCUGAAGGAGGUGAAGCAGGGUCAGUGGCGCUGCGAGUACCUGGCCGACCAGGUCGGCAUGUACUCCAUCAACAUCUACUUCGCCACCAAGCCGAUCCCCAAGAGCCCCUUCGGCGUCAAAGUCAGCCCAGCUUGCGACCCGCGCCGGGUCAAGGCCACGGGUCGCGGCCUCCAAAACAAGGGCGUGCGCGUGGGUGAGAUUGCCGACUUCAAACUGUGGACGGAGGGCGCCGGAGAGGGCGUGCCCAAAGUGCGCAUCAUCGGCCCAGGCGGUGCCGACGAGCCGGCUGAGCUGCGGAAAGUCAGCGACUUUGUCUACGAGGGCGCCUACUACCCCAAGCGCGAGGGCCGCUACAUCGUCAUGAUCACUUACAGCGGACACGAGAUCCCUCGCUCACCGUUCGAGGUUAACGUCGGACCGAAGGGGGAGUCGCGUAUCCGCUGCUACGGCCCCGGACUGAAGGGCGGCGUGGUCGGAUCACCGGCCGCCUUCACCGUCGAAACCAACGGCGAGACGGGCGCGCUGGGUUUCAGCGUCGAGGGCCCCUCCCAGGCGCAGAUCCAGUGUCAUGAUAACGGUGACGGCUCGGCAGAUGUGACCUACCUUCCGACGGCGCCCGGAGAGUAUGCCGUGCAUGUGCUCUGUGAGGGAGAGGAUAUUCCCCAGUCGCCAUGGAUGGCGCAGGUUAUCCCCAAGACCGACUAUGAUGCCAGCAAGGUGCGAGUGUUCGGUCCGGGAGUACAGAAGGACGGCGUGAGCGUCAACAAGCCCACCCACUUCACCGUGGACACGACGGCGGCCGGCAGCGCGCCGCUCGAUAUCUCGCUUCUGGACGAGGAUCUCCGCGAAGUGCCGAUGAAGAUCACUGAGAAGUCCCCGGGUGUGUUCCACGUCGAGUACACAAUCUCCACCAGCGGAAAACACACCGUCAUGGUGAACUUUGGCGGCGUGGCGGUGCCUAACUCUCCGUUCCGAGUGGACGUGACGGCUCCAGUGGACGCCUCCAAGGUUCAGGUGUUCGGCCCGGGUCUGGAGCCGGGUGUGCGGGCUCAGGUGCCCACCCACUUCAACGUGGACGCGAGAGGCGCUGGACCUGCCGAGCUGCGCAUCGGCCUCAAGGACAACAAGACCGGCAAAGAGGUGCCCGUACAGCUGACUGACAACGGUGACGGCACCAUGACUGCCGACUACGUGUACCCCCGACCCGGCCCGUACACCCUGAAUGUGACGUACGGAGGCCGCGCGAUCCCCCAGAGCCCCGUCAACAUCGAGGCCAAACCCAGCGUGGAUACGUCCAAGAUUAGGGUGGAUGGUGUUGAGCCGACGGCGUUCCUGAACUCUCCCACCGACAUGGUGGUGGACGCGCGCGCCGUGCCCGGCUCCAAGGACGGAAAGGUGACCUGUCCCGUGACCGGCCCGUCGGGCGCGCCGUGCCCCUCGCACGUGGAGCCGGUCGGAGACGGUACCUUCAAGGCCACGUAUACACCCACCGAGCCGGGUCCCCACAAGAUCGACCUAGCGUAUGACGGCGCUCCGGUGCCCGGCGCGCCGUUCACCGUCAAUGCCAAGCCCGGCUGUGACCCGAGGAAGGUCACUGCCGACGGACCGGGCCUCAAAAGGGGCAUCGUCAACAAGUCCAACACGUUCAAAAUCAACACCCGAGGAGCUGGCACCGGCGGUCUGGGUCUGGCCAUCGAGGGCCCCUCCGAGGCCAAGAUGUCCUGUGUGGACAACAAGGACGGCUCAUGCACGGUCGAGUACGUGCCCACCGAGCCCGGAGAGUACGACGUCAAUGUGCGAUACGCCGACCAGCACAUCCCCGGAUCCCCGUUCAAGGUUCCGGUGGACUGUGAGGUGGACGCCGAUAACGUUGUCGCCUACGGGCCGGGCGUAGAGCCGGAACACUGCCGCGCCAACGUGCCCCUUACCUUCACUGUGGAUGCCACACGGUCUGCGCCGGCACCGCUAGCCGUGGAGGUCAAGAGCGACAAGGGUCCUCUGCCACGGAAGCCGGUGGUGAAGGAUAACGGCGACGGCACGUACGACGUGACGUACCACCCGCCGCCCGAGGGCAGCAUCUGCAUGCCGAGGGUGACGCUCGCUGGACGCGACAUCAAGGACAGCCCGUGGCGUAUGCCUGUGAAGCCGACCUGCGAGCCGAACAAGGUGCGCCUGACCGGCCCGGGAGUCUCCAGCAAGGGCGUGCCGGCCUCCCUACCCACCGAGUUUACCGUGGACGCCCGCGACGCCGGCUUCGGCGACCUCGAGGCGCAGAUCCUGGGUCCGGACAACUACCCGCGUAAGGUGGAGAUGGUAGAUAACGGUGACGGCACGUACACGGGCCGGUACACCCCGGACGACUGCGGCCAGUACAAGGUGCACGUCAAGUACGGCGGCAAGGAGGUAGCCGGGUCGCCCGUGCCCGUCCAGGCCUUCGCCACCGGACAUGCCGACAAGUGCAAGAUCGAGGAUAGUGACUACCGCGAUCAGGUGCUCAGCGUUGGCGAGGAGUACUGUAUUAGCGUGGACGCCAAACAGGCCGGAAACGGAAACGUCACCUGCCGUAUCCGCUCCACCUCUGGCUCCGGUGACGUGGACAUCGACGUGACCGACAACGGCGACGGCACGUUCAAUAUCUACUACAAGGUGAAGGACGCCGGAGAGUACUCGCUCAACAUCAAGUUCGGCGGCCAGCCGGUACCCGACGGCCUCUACUCGUUCUCGGCCCAGUCGGAGGAUAACGUCAGCCGCACGCGUACGGAGCACCUCCAGUCUUCGGCCACCACCACCAGCACCAGUAGUACUGUACACACCCGGGAGGAGUACUUCGAGUACCGUCCAGUCGAGCUCAAUAACAUCCCCCUGCCCACCACCGGCGGACACGUCACAGCUGAGGUAAACAUGCCGAGCGGAAACGUCGACAAGCCGCUGAUCGAGGACAACCGGGACGGAACCGUCUCGGUCAAGUAUGAGCCGAAAGAGGAAGGCCUGCACGAGCUCGUCGUCAAGUACAACGGCGAAAAUGUCCAGGGCUCUCCGUUCAAGUUCCACGUCGACUCCAUCUCCAGCGGCUAUGUGACCGCGCACGGCCCCGGCCUGGUUCACGGCAUCACCGGCGAACCAGCCAACUUCACCAUCUCGACCAAGGACGCCGGCGCAGGUAGUGACCAGAUGCGCGGCGGUCUGUCUCUGGCCGUCGAGGGGCCCAGCAAGGCGGAGAUCAGUUGCCAUGACAACAAGGACGGCACUGUGUCCGUGUCCUACCUGCCCACCUCGCCCGGAGAAUACAAGGUGGCCGUGAAGUUUGCCGACAAACACAUCAAGGGCAGCCCGUACUCAGUCAAGGUCACAGGCGAGGGCCGCAAGAGGAACCAAGUGUCCCUGGGCUCACAGUCGGAGGUUACCCUGCCCGGAAAGGUGACGGAGAAGGACAUCAAGGCUCUCAACGCCUCCAUCACCGCUCCCUCCGGACUGGAGGAGCCCUGCUUCCUCAAGAAACUCGCCAACGACCACCUCGGCAUUUCGUUCACUCCCCGUGAGAUCGGCCAGCACCUGGUCAUGGUCAAGAAGAAGGGUGUCGAGAUCGCCGGAUCGCCUUUCAAGAUCGUCGUCAGUCCCAAGGAGGUGGGAGACGCCUCCAAGGUGAAGGUGGAGGGUGCGGCGCUGAAGGAGGGCAAGACCCACCAGGACAACAAGGUGCUCAUUGACACCAAGGAGGCAGGCUACGGCGGUCUGUCCAUGUCGAUCGAGGGCCCCAGCAAGGCCGAGAUCAAGUGCGACGACAAGGAUGACGGCCGGCUGGAGGUGUCCUACAACCCCAAGGAGCCCGGAUUCUACAUUAUCAACCUCAAGUUCGCUGACCACCACGUCGAGGGCUCGCCCUUCACUGCCAAGGUAACCGGCGAAGGCUCCAACACCCAGACGGAGCGUAUCAAGCGGGACCGCGACGCCGCCCCCAUCACCACGGUCGGCUCUAGCUGCGCGCUCACCUUCAAAAUGCCGGGUGUGUCCGCCCUGGACCUCUCUGCUACCGUGGCUUCCCCCGGCGGUGUGGUCGAGGACGCCACCAUCACAGAGCUCGAGGAUAACCUGCACGCGGUGAACUUUGUGCCCAAGGAGCUGGGAGUCCACACGGUGUCGGUGCGGUACAGGGAUGUGCACAUCCCCGGGUCGCCGUUCCAGUUCACUGUCGGACCGCUCAAGGACGGCGGCGCGCACCGUGUCCACGCCGGCGGUCCCGGUCUGGAGCGGGGCGAACAGAACAUGCCCAACGAGUUCAACGUGUGGACCCGAGAGGCCGGCGCCGGAUCGCUGGCCAUCAGUGUCGAGGGCCCGAGCAAGGCCGAGAUCGACUUCAAGGACCGAAAGGACGGCUCCUGCUAUGUCAGCUACAUUGUCUCCGAGCCUGGCGAGUACCGUGUGGGUGUCAAGUUCAACGACUCUCACAUCCCCGAGUCUCCGUACAAGGUGUACGUCACUCCGGCCAACAAGGACGCCCACAGGGUCAGCGUCAACCAGCUGCCCGACGCCGGAGUCCAGGUGGACAAGCCGAUCGUGUUCACGGUGGACCGCAGCGGCUGUAAGGGCCAGCUGGACUGCAAGGUGGUGUCGCCCAGCGGUCACGAGGACGACUGCUUCGCCCAGUACCUGGAUGAGGACACGUACUCGGUGCGCUUCCUGCCCAAGGAGAACGGCAUUCACCAGCUGCACGUCAAGUGGAACAGCGUGCACGUGCCCGGCUCGCCGUUCCGGCUGAAGAUCGGCAAGCAGGACGCCGACCCGGCGGCGAUUCACGCGCACGGGAAGGGCCUCGAGAAGGGCACCACCGGCCAGAAGUCGGACUUCAUCGUGGACACGUGCAAUGCCGGCGCCGGCACGCUGGCAGUGACAGUGGAUGGACCCUCGAAGGUGGCCAUGGACUGUACCGAGGUCGAUGAAGGAUACAAGGUGCGCUACACACCGCUCAGCCCCGGCCACUACUACGUGGGCAUCAAGUACGAUGGCUACCACAUCGCCGGGUCGCCCUUCAAGGUGGACGUCGAUGGCGAGGAGCUGGCCGAGCGGGGUCCCAAGGAGCAGUCGCUGGUCGUCGUCGAGACCAUCGAGAAGGUGUCCGCCCGAAAACAGGAGAACAAGGGACCCUCGAUGCCCAAGUUCAACUCGGACGCCACCAAGGUCACCUCCAAGGGCAUGGGACUGAAGAAGGCGUUUGUGGGCAGACAGAACCAGUUCACCGUGGACGCCGGAAAAGCAGGUCAAGACAUGCUGUGGGUGGGCUGCUUCGGCCCCAAGAACCCGUGCGAGGAGGUUCACAUCAAGCACAUAGGCCGUAACCAGUACCAGGUGUUCUACACGGUCAAGGAGCGUGGCAAGUACAUCCUGGUGGUGCGCUGGGGCGAGAACGACAUCCCCGGCUCGCCGUUCGAGGUCGAGGUGUGAACUGAGGUCGCCCGACGACAGUCUGAGUGUCAGUGAUGAGAUCAGGUGCCUUAUGGCGGCGCGCCCGGGCGACCGCGCCGGCGGCCGCCCCACUAACCCGCCCGAGAGACAGAGCAACGGGAGCGACAGGGAGAGAGUGAUAGAGCGAGUGAGGUUCGCCUUCCGCCGUCUGUGGCCGCCCGCACGUCGAGGCCAGAGCGUCCAGCGGUAUUUAUUGUGAGCGCUGGCCGGCCCGACCGGGCGGGACACCAUUUGUGCCAAUCUGCGGCUUUUGCCGUCGCGCCGGGACGGAGCCGCCGCCGCCGUCCCGUACACGGCGCAGCUUCUGCCAGCGAGAGAGACUUGUGUGGCGGCCUUGUUUUCUUUUUGAUGACUUUAUUUGAUCUGAGCUAGUGUCAGCGUGGAUCGGAGCAUGUCAGCGCGGAUCGGAGCAAUACACUUACGCCGCGCUGGAGCGCUGGAGUCUG